AGGGGGCGACAUAAACAAUAUGGAAAAGAAUGUAAUCUCAACUCGAAGAUUAUUUGAUGCUUAUUGCAUCAUCCUCUGUCCCAAACCCAUAUUUUGAAUGGUGACUGAUGUCAAGGGAUAGUGUGAGGUGAUUGAAGUCUAAAGAGAGAGUGAGGCACCAUGACCUCCCCGGCACUGAUGGUGCUGUAUUCUAACGAUGCAGUAGAAGUCCGCUAUGUGGACCAGUCCUGUCUCCAGGUGGCGCCAUGUGGAUCAACAUUUGUCCACCACGAAAGUCCAAAAGAGGUCAUACAUCCUGCUCAUGGGAUGAAAGCCAUAAGUCAGAGAUGCGAGUUUGUGACAAGUGACUACAAGCACAAAUUGAUUCAAGCUUUAGAUUUUAGGAAUAGGUUUGCAGAGAAACCAUUUAUUUGCCAAGAUCUAAACAUGCCGGAUCAAAUAGUUCCUCUUUAUGCAAAUAUCAAGGAAGCAGCAUGGCCUAGAACUGUAGAAGAGUGUGAGAUAGACUACCUGCCAGAUGGGAGUGUCCGUCUGUUGUCUGAGGAUGAGUACGCUAGUCUGGUCCUCUCUCCACACCAACAGGACUUCACUGUGUGUUACCUAUCUCAGAUCAGCACUGAACCCAGAAAAUCAAAGAGACUUCAUCACAAGAGGAAAAGUCACAAACCAGGGUCAUCAAGCAACUCAACAGAACAUCGCAAAGAAAUUCUGGACACAAAGCUAAAAAAUGGUUAUAAUAAGGUUUUGUUUGAUCAAGAGGCAGGGUUAAAUCUCAUACCUUCGCAUCAUGACAGUCAUUUUGGACAGGUGCAGGAAAAUGGAAAUGGAAGUCCACAGAUUGAUGAAUCUCUGAGUAAACAAAUUCGGAAUGAACUAAAUUUUUCGCCCAUUAGCAUGGCCAGCAGCAUGAGGAGUCCUCACACUUCUCCUGAGGGUCAGGAAGCGAAAGAGCAAUUUCACCGCUACUCAACACCCACAAAUCACGCACCUAGCCAAGAGGGGGAGAUUGAGAUAGGGGGCAAAAAAUCAGCCUUCAGACAUUACAGGCAGCAGAGCGACAGAGAGACAGAUGGGUCAUUUUUGGAAAUGAUUGAAUCUCCGAGGAAUUCCAAAUCAACGGAUAUUCCAGUAAAUCAUCAACAUUCACAAUCAAACACCAGAUCACAGAGUCAUUCAGAAAGGUAUGAAUCAUCAGUCCAAGAAUCCCAGCCAGUGUUAGAAGUCAGUCACAGUACUGCAGCUGCACAAAAAUCAGCAAAACAACAGAACUUAUCAUCAAACACACCACCUCAAAGUCCCUCCAGAGAUUCCAAUCACAGUUCAAUCAGUUCCCAUUCUGAGCAGGACUCUGUAGAGGAGACGUCGACGAGGCGUCUGUAUACCUGGGUGACCCGACACUUCUCCUGUGAUGAAUGCCCAGUGGCGUGGAGACACCCCCUUAACAUGGCAAGGUCGAUGAUAGAUAAGAGAGAGGAAUAUGAAAAGACAAUGUUAGAGGGAGGUGUGAAGGCACAGAGAGCACCUGUCAGCCAGCAGUACAGUAAGGAGAAGGCCUACAUGUCCCCAUUUCCGACCCCUACUCCACUAACGUGUCCUGCCCAGCAUCUUCAUAAGUUACAGACUAAGUAUAUCUACGAUGAUGAUAAAAACAGUCUGGACAAUCUGACCACAUUCAAACAAGGACAGCUGAAAGUGCUAAUGGUAGAGGGUGUUAUUUUUAGAAUACUGCGACUGUCUUCUACCAAAGUCCUCGAGAUUUUCCCUGGAGAUGGAAGUGUAAUUGUGUCACAGGGGGUCAAAGGUCACUACUACAAACACAUCAUUCCAUAUGGAGACAAGGGUGAGGUGGAGGAGAAGAGUUACUCAGUAAAGAUCCUGCCCCCACCAACUCCAGGAACUGCCUACUCAGUAGAAAAGUUGAUCAAAAGAGCCAGCAGGUUUCUAAAUCAGGCAAACCAAGAGGACAAAAUUCUGAUGAAGGCAGAUGUGUGUUGUUGGAAGCAACAGUCCCUGGUGAUAGAGACCUUGCCUACCAGCCUACUGGAGGAGUGCAUGGUUCCUGACCAUGGGCGAUUCACGGCCUUCUCUAGUGGACAUGUCCGGAUCGUGUUUAAUGACCGCACGUCGUUAGACACAUGGUGUGACUUCUCGAAACGUUUGGAAUGCUGUAUACAGCACAGUGAAGGAAUCAACAGUGCACAGAAACAGAAUGUAGGAGAUGGAAGCAUGCCCACAGUGCUAAAGGUGAAUCCUGAGUUCCGAGAAGGUUUCUGUAAGCUGCUGCUGCCUAAUGGGCAGUAUCAGGUGGUGGACGUCAAAAAGCCCGGCCUGUACAGGAAGUACACAGAUGCAGCAAUUGAAUGGGGAUCAUGGGUAAAUAGUCUUCCGUCACAAAGAAAAGAGUUCUACACUAACUGGCAGCAGCAACAAAGUGAGAAACAAAUGGUACAAAGGGAACUACAAAAGAUCAAGUGUUUUAACUAUAUUGUGGAUCAUACAGCUCCUCAUGGUAAUGGAAGUCAAAACAGUGGACAUUCCAGUACUGGGAUAGAUUUAAUGGCAGGUCGUGGACAGCCCAAUACGGGGAUAGAUUUAAUGGCAGGUCGUGGACAGUCCAGUACGGGGAUAGAUUUAAUGGCAGGUCGUGGACACCAGAGUGCUAAUUAUACCGCUACAAAUACAAAACCACCUGUACAACAAGCAAAGUCAACAAGCCAUCAUCAUGUCCACUUCCCUCCUCCUGCUGCCUCACAUUAUCCAACCAGAAUGCAAGAAAAUAGUCACAUGUCAAUGAACAGUCACCAUAGCAACAACAGAAGCCAGUCUACUUUGCUUCCUAGCACGACAGAAAUGAUACAGGGUUUUCACUCUGUGAGGGAGGCGUUGUUGAAGACAUCGAAAGUAAUUCAUGAUAUUGAUGAUAUUUUGGAUAAUAGGAAAAAGUGAUGAUUAUAUAAAGGUUUUCACAGAGUCAGUAUUCUCCCAUCAUCGCAAACCACGCCUACUGUUUCCGUACUACAUCAUAGGUGGGGUAGGGACUGCUGGACUUUGUAAGCGUGGCUAGCGACUAUGUUCAGCUUAAAACAGAUCUGUAAUAUUGUACAUGUACAUAGACAUAUGUAAACUUGACCAGGUGUUGUAAUGUUGGUAUCAUAUACAGCACAAUCUACGCUCCACACUCUAUGCAAUUUACAUACUGUAGUCCAAAUUAACAGUUUAACACUCUUGUUAUGAUACACGAUGUUUUUAUCCGUCCAAUACAUUGAAUUGAUGGAGUCAUAGGCCUACAUGUGCUUAUACUUGUAUCUGUGUGUUAACUUAUGAUGUGUAAUGAAAUGUGCCAAAAUAAAUUUUUCAAAUUGAAA